AUGCAACUCUGCACUUGGAUCAUAUCAGGUUUGGUGACAGCUGCUGCUGCUACCGAGACCUAUGACUAUAUCAUUGUUGGAGGUGGUACCGCAGGAGGAGCCCUAGCAACCCGCUUAAGCCUUGGUCUUCCCAAAUCCAAGAUCCUUCUUCUAGAAGCAGGCCCUCCAGCUCUCGAAGAUGUACGAAUCAACGUACCAGGAAUGCGUGGUUCAAUCUUAGGAUCAUCACUUGAUUGGAACUUCAGCUCCAUCGCCCAGCCCGGUCUCAAUGGGCGUUCCAUUAGUGUGAACCGUGGUAAAGUCCUCGGUGGAUCAUCCGCGAUGAACUUUCUGUGCUAUGACCGUGCUGCAUCUGCUGAGUACGACGCAUGGAGCGAACUCGGAAGUCCAGGCUGGAAUUGGGACACUAUGAUCCAUGGGAUGAAAAAGUCUGAAAACUUUACGGGUAACGACGGUGAUAUCCAUGGUCGCUCCGGUCCAAUCAGCUCUACCUACAAUCGCAUUGUCCCUGAUGUUUUGAAGCCGUGGCAAUCUACCGUCAACAAAUUGGGGGUCCCGAUCAAUGAUGGAGGCUCACUUGGAGGAAAGCCUGUCGGUGUCAUGUUUCAGCCCACCAAUAUUGACAUGACCAACUACACCCGGUCAUACAGCGCCAACAGCUACCUGCCAAAGGCUGGGUCUAACCUCAAAGUCAAGACCAACUCCCACGUUGCCAAGGUUCUCUUUUCUUAUGAUAAGAGCAAGGACUUGGUUGCGAUCGGCGUCACUCUUCAAGAUGGUUCAACGAUCAAAGCUCGAAAAGAGGUUAUCCUCUCGGCAGGUUCUAUCCAAAGUCCAGGUCUGCUUGAGAUGUCCGGCAUUGGUCAAACUUCUGUCCUCGCCAAGGCUGGAGUUAAGAAACUUCUCGAUCUCCCAGGCGUCGGCGAAAACUACCAGGACCACCUUCGGACCUCAAACACAUAUACACUCAAGAAGGGCUAUGAGUCCUUUGAUGCCUUUAUUUUCGACGCGCAAGGCACUGUGGCACAGGAACAGUUCAACCUAUGGCUUGAGAACAAGAAAUCGUGGUACGACUACACAAGCAGCGCCUACGCUUUUCUCAACUGGGCCCAAGUUAGCAAUAAAGUGCAGAAGAGUAUUACUAAACUUGCAAAAGACGGGUUUGCGAAAAAUGGCACUGUCGUGGAUAAGAAGAAACUAGAGUACCUGAGCGACCCCUCUAUUCCCCAACUGGAGCUUCUCCUUGAAGCCAACUAUGUAGGCGCUCAAGGCUAUCCUAGCGCUGGAGGCAACUUCAUCGCCAUUUUCUCUACUGUCAUGCAUCCCAUGAGCCGCGGUAGCGUUCACAUCAACGGCAAAGAUCCAAAAGGAAAGCCAAUUAUCGACCUCAACUAUCUUAACAAUGAGCACGAUAUACAAGCAUUAAUUGAAGGUGCCAAGUAUGCCCGCAAAGUCGCUUUUACAGAGCCUCUACGAUCUGUAUGGGCUACUGAGUUUGAACCGGGUCUGGGUAAGAGGACAGAUAAACAGUUGCGUGACUGGGUCGUCAAGACAGUCAACAGCUUUUAUCACCCCAUCGGUACCUGCGCGAUGCUUCCUAAGAAGGACGGUGGUGUUGUUGACUCGAGUUUAAAGGUUUAUGGCACAAAAAAUCUGCGAGUGGUGGAUGCUAGUAUUAUCCCGGUGCAGCUAUCAGGGCAUAUUCAGACGGCUGUGUAUGGAAUCGCCGAGACAGCUGCGCAGAAGAUUAUUGAUGCGGAGAAGAAGUCUCACAAGGGUUAA